AUGGCCAAACUCUGUCAGCGUCUACCCGCCCUGCUCUUCUUCUUUUGUGCUUCUUUUAUUUUUUCUUCACAUGCAUUGAUACGUAGCUUUACGUUCCCUCCUUCGAAUGAUGUAGAUGUCAAAAUUAAUGCAACCAUCAGUCAAGGGCAAGGAGUCGAGCUGCAGCUCACCACAAAUCAGGCAUCUGGAGGGCUAUAUAACAGUUUCGGCUGGGCGGUUUAUAAUGAAUCUAUUCCGCUAUGGGACAACUCCUCUCGGGCUCUGGCGAAUUUCUCUACCUAUUUCCAGUUCGUUAUUGAACCGGGCAAUAUUAAUCAAAACAAUUAUGGAGACGGACUUACUUUCUUCUUGGCCCCUUUCGAGUUGGAGCCACCAGUGGCCGCUUAUGGCGGAGGUUUCGGCCUGUUUAACAGCACAACUUAUAAUGGAUCAUUCUAUCAGAUGGUUGCUGUCGAAUUUGACACUUUCAGGAAUGAAUGGGAUCCUGAUGAUAAUCAUGUGGGGAUCGACGUCAAUAGUACUUUUUCCAAAGCAACAGCUUCGAUGGGAAACGUGACUGCAAACUAUAGCCUUUGUGAUAAAAAUCUCAAGAAUAAUAAGCAAUGGCACACGUGGGUUGAUUAUGAUGGCGGAGCAAGGAGGCUGCAAGUGUUUCUUUUCUGUAACUCUACUGGAACAAGUGUUUCAAAACCUCCAACACCAAUCUUGUUUUAUGAUAUAGAUCUGCGGGACUUUCUCCCAGAAAACAUCAAGGUUGGUCUAUCGGCUUCUACUGGUUCCUCAACAGAGACACACAUUAUAAGCGCGUGGAGUUUUUCUUCUGAAUCUUCGUGGGAAGUCUCAGCUGCUGCUCCUCCAAAUGACUCUUCCAUAGGAAAUCCUGGAAAUGGAAACAACAACAGCAAUCCUGUCAAAGUUAUUUUGAUAUCGGUGUUCUGCAGCGUUCUGGCUCUCUGCGUUUUCAUAUUCGUUAUCUUGCGGUGGAAGUUCAGAAAAAGCAUACGCGGUGGUGACGAAGGUGAAGAAAGCGAUGUGGAGUUGGACGAAUGGUUUUCCCAGGGUCCCCGAAGAUUCUCCAACGCCGAGCUCAGUGCUGCAACAAGAAACUUCAGUGAAGAUGAAAAGCUUGGGCAAGGGGGCUUCGGUGGCGUCUACAAAGGCAUUCUGCCCGGCACGGCAGAGACGGUGGCUGUAAAGAGAAUAUCCCAAGGCUCCAAGCAAGGAAGAAAGGAGUAUGUUUCCGAGGUUACCAUAAUCAGUAAACUCAGACACCGUAACCUUGUACAGCUUUUGGGAUGGUGCCAUCAAAAGGGGGAGUUACUUCUAGUCUACGAAUACCUGCCAAACGGGAGUCUAGAUAAAUAUAUUUUUGGGGAGGAGGAGGAUACUCUGGAUUGGGACCGGAGGUAUAGUAUUGUAUGUGAUGUAGCAUCUGCACUUGUUUAUCUGCACGAAGAAUGGGAUCAGCGUGUAGUUCACAGAGACGUGAAGGCCAGCAACGUAAUGUUGGAUUCAAAUUUCAACGGCAAGCUGGGGGAUUUUGGUUUGGCAAGGCUGGUGGAGCAUGAUCAGGCGGCUUCCCACACGACCGUGGUAGCGGGCACACUGGGGUAUUUGGCUCCCGAAUGCGUGAUAACGGGGAAGGCCAGUCCAGAGGCGGACGUGUACAGUUUUGGGGCGGUUACACUGGAAAUUGCCUGCGGAAGGCGGCCGGUUGACCGCACACUUCAUGAACAUAAUUGUAGAUUGGUUGAAUGGGUAUGGUAUUUGUAUGGACAGGGAAAUCUUUUGGAUGCAGCGGAUAGAAAACUUAGAGGAUAUUUUAAUGAGAAAGAAAUAGAGCUGCUGAUGUUGGUGGGGCUUCUGUGUUCUCAUCCAAACCCCACAUCAAGGCCCACAAUGAGAGAGGUGUUAAAGAUAUUGAAAAGGGACGCAGAAUUGCCACAUGUUACUCUGGAUAUGCCAGUAGCUGUUUAUAAUGAGCCUAUUCGUCCUGAUUUGACGUCAGCCUCCGCGACGCCGGUCGGACUUAGUUCCUCCGUUGUGAGUAAAGUGUCCGUGUCGUCAUUGAACUCUGUUUUGUCAUCAUCUACGGCUUCAAGCGGCCCAGUCAAAAUGUCCAGCCCUCUAUUGUAUACGAGAUAG